AGAAACAACCCCUAUGGCCAUGGUCUUCUGUAUCAUUAUUAUCCAGACUGCCACCCACUCCCCCCCCUUCACCGACGGGUCCAAACCAGAGUGGAGAGGAAAGUCAUUGGGUCCUUUCAAGUUUGCUUACCACGCACUCUUUCACUUCGUAACGUGCAGUGAGUGUCUAUAUCCUCUUCUGCAACGGUUACCCGUAACGGCGUAACCCCUCUGUAGUCAUUUGUCUCACUCCUCCUUAUCUUCAUAUCGCCAUUAAUCUCCCCUCUCCCCCACACAAACAACAUCCAUUCCGAAUCUUCUUCAGCUUUAAAACCCUCCAUUUUUACUACUUUUUUUAAUUAAGGAUUGAAUUUUGUAACUGAUUCCCGCAUCCCCACGAGGCCGGAACUCUCUGCAGCAAGCAAGAGACCAGAUCCUUAUUCCUUUGUCAGUUUUCUUUGUAUUCCUUCCUUGUAAUUCUUUCCCCUUCACUUUAAUUUCUCUCUUCCCUGCCUGGCUUGGCGUAGCUUUCCCUCUGUUUCUCAUGCUUUACCAGUUGGAUAAAGUACGGCAGUUGGUACUCUGAUCGCCGUCGUUGUUCUUACCUCUGCAUCUCCAUGGCGGAGCGCGGUUCAGACCAGGAGUUGAUGACGUGGCUCCACGGUGACCUCGACCUGACAAUCAUCGAGGCCCGGCGCUUACCGAACAUGGACGUCGUGGUGCAGCAUCUCCGCCGCUGCUUAACCGUCUGUGACACUAUUAAAAUCCCUGAAAAGACCAGCAAAAAUCCCGAUGACAGUGGUGAUGACGGCCUCAAGAUCCACCACCACCGCAAGAUCAUUACCAGCGACCCUUACGUCAAGGUGACGGUUCCACAAGUCACCUUGGCCCGCACGCGUGUCCUCAAGAACUCCCAGGACCCCCAGUGGAACGAGCGUUUCCUCAUUCCACUGGCGCACCAAGUAGUCAACCUGGAGUUCCAGGUCAAGGAUGACGAUGUCUUCGGCGCGGAGAUCAUUGGCACCGUCAAGAUCCCGGCUCAGAAGAUCCAGUCCGGCGAGCUCAUCUCCGGCUGGUUCCCAAUAAUUGGUGCCUACGGGAAGCCGCCGAAGCCGGAAACUGCUCUCAAACUCGAGUUGAAGUUCACCCCGUCGGAGAAAAACCCGUUGUACCAACAUGGCAUCGCGGGCGAUCCCGAACACAAGGGCGUGAGGCACACAUACUUCCCGCUGAGGAAAGGAUGCCACGUGACGUUGUACCAAGACGCGCACAUGCCGGAAAACUUGUUGCCGGAGAUAGAAUUGGAGGAAGGGAAGCCUUUCAAGCAAGAGACAUGCUGGGAGGAUAUUUGCCAUGCUAUCACUGAGGCUCACCAUUUGAUUUACAUCGUUGGCUGGUCCAUUUACCACAAGGUGAAGCUGAUUCGGGAGCCGACCCGCUCGUUGCCGCGUGGUGGGGAUUUAACACUCGGUGAACUGCUCAAGUACAAGUCCGAAGAGGGCGUGCGGGUUUUGUUGUUGGUUUGGGACGAUAAGACCUCCCACGACAAGCUCUUCAUCCGAACGCCAGGAGUGAUGGCGACGCAUGAUGAAGAGACCAAGAGGUACUUCAAGCAUUCAUCGGUCUCGUGUGUGCUGUCACCUCGCUACGCCAGCAAUAAGAUGGGCAUUAUCAAGCAGAAGGUUGUCGGAACCCUUUUUACACACCAUCAGAAAUGUGUCCUUGUUGACACACAAGCACUCGGUAAUAAUCGUAAGAUAACUGCAUUUUUGGGAGGGAUAGAUCUUUGUGAUGGUCGCUAUGAUACACCUGAGCACCGACUAUUUCGUGAUCUUGACACUAUAUUUGAUGAUGACUUCCACAAUCCUACAUUUGCUCCUGGAACUAAGGCUCCUAGGCAACCAUGGCAUGACCUGCACAGCAGAGUUGACGGGCCUGCUGCAUACGAUGUUCUUAUAAACUUUGAGCAGCGUUGGAGGAAAGCAACGAGAUGGAAAGAAUUUGGACUACUAAAAAAGGUUGCCACCCAUUGGAGUGAUGACGCCUUAAUAAAAAUUGAACGCAUCUCUUGGAUACAAAGUCCUGAUGUAUCUGCUUUAAAGAAUGGUACUGCAUCUGUUCCGAAAGAUGAUCCUAGCCUGUGGAUUGUCGGUGAACAUGAUCCUGAACGCUGGCAUGUUCAGAUUCUUCGGUCCAUUGAUUCAGGAUCAGUGAAAGGAUUUCCCAAAACCAAUGCUGCUGUCAAGGCACGGGAUGGUAACCUUAUUUACUCCAAAAAUUUGGUUAUAGAUAAAAGCAUUCAAACGGGAUACAUCCAGGCGAUCAGAUCUGCUAAACAUUUCAUAUAUAUUGAAAAUCAGUAUUUUCUUGGAUCAUCAUAUGCAUGGCCAUCAUAUGAAAAUGCAGGAGUUGAUAAUCUAAUCCCAAUGGAGUUGGCAUUAAAGAUUGCAAGUAAAAUUAGAGCAAAUGAGAGAUUCGCAGUGUAUAUUGUCAUACCAAUGUGGCCUGAGGGUGAUCCAAAAUCUUUAACUGUGCAAGAAAUUCUCUUUUGGCAGAGCCAAACAAUGCAAAUGAUGUACAAUAUAGUUGCAACGGAACUGAAAGCCACAGGGAGUGUGGACUCGCAUCCUCAAGAUUUUCUCAAUUUCUAUUGCCUUGGUAAUCGGGAAAACAUUCCCGAGGAAAGGUCGAGUGAUAAUGGUGACAAGGUCUCGGAUGCACAAAAGUCCAAGCGGUUUAUGAUUUAUGUGCAUGCCAAGGGAAUGAUUGUUGAUGAUGAAUACGUAAUAGUGGGAUCUGCCAACAUUAACCAGAGAUCCAUGGCUGGUACAAAGGACACAGAGUUAGCUAUGGCUGCAUAUCAACCCCAUCACACUUGGGCUGGAAGGAAGAAGCAGCCACGCGGUCAGGUCUAUGGAUACAGAAUGUCACUGUGGUCUGAGCAUCUUGCCGUGAAGCAUACAUGCUUCGAGGAGCCAGAGAGUUUGAAAUGUGUGAAGACAGUGAGUGAGAUUGCCGAAGAGAACUGGGUCAGAUAUUCAACUGCAGAAUUCACACCAUUGCAGGGCCACCUUCUCCAGUAUCCUAUGCAUGUAGAUGCUGAUGGGACAGUUGGCCCCCUGCCCGGACAUGAGAAUUUCCCCGACGUAGGUGGACGAGUACUUGGAUCUCAUUCCGCUCGCGUUCCUGACGCCCUAACAACAUAAUCACCUCCCAUCCUCAUGUUCAUGCGUGAUUGUUAAGGAAGAGUUGCCGUGACAUGUUCCCAGGAUAUUUAUUGUUUAUGUUAAAUUGAAAGUAUCACGAUUUGUGCUCUCUGUGUGCCUCUCUCCUUCACUGUCUGUCAUGCUGUCCAGAUGCUGAAUGCAACUACGAGAAGGUUGAAAUGUUGUGAAUAUUUGUUGAUGCACAAGUGCGUGUUCUCUAUCUUCUCACUUGGAGAGGACACUACGAUCAGAACUUUUUAGUCAGCAUGUUUGGUUCUCUGGUUGUACAGAAAAAAUGGAUCUUUUUUAUGAAAUUUGUUAUUGAAUAUGUCAAUUCCUACUUGCCCAUUAUGAAUGGAAAAAUAAAAUUCCCUUAA